CGAGAAAGUGACGAAGCUCUACAGGUAGCGGACCAUGCAGCAAAGGUUGCAAGUCUCCCAACUCAUGGUGCCGGUUCUCCUGCUAGUUCUCUCAUCUUUCCUCUGCCAAGGAGUUGAGAUUGAAAAGAAUAAACCUGAUGCCAUAGUCACCAUCCUUUUUGGCAAAGGAUUCGAGCUAGGAGUCCGAGUGUUAGGCCAGUCAAUAAGAGAAUCAAAGACAAAGCUUGAUUACGUGGUAAUGUGUACUCAUGAUGUACCACCUGAGACAAUACAAGUCCUUAAGAAAGAUGGUUGGAAGAUCAGAAUGAUUGACUACUUUGAUGUGGGCAAAGCAAAAUUCGACAACAGGAUCUACAAGAUGAAGAUGUGGACAUUGACCGAGUACAGGAGGAUAAUAUGGAUAGACGCUGAUGCUAUUCUAGUGCAGAAUAUAGAUCAUCUCGUUCGCUGUGGUAACUUCUGUGCUACGUAUCGUCACUCAGAUUUGUUUAACAGUGGAAUCAUGGUCGUCAAACCUUCGCUACUUGAGCUUGAGAAAAUAACUGCAUUUAUGUCUCGGCCUCAGUUCCUUAAUGUCCCCAGUGCCGACAGUGGAUCAAACGUAGCUCUACCUCCAGGUUGUGAGGAAUGGGGAGAUCAAAACUUGUUAAAUGAAUAUUACAACAGUGUGUACAAGGUCCAGUACUCGAGGCUGUUUGAUGAGCAAGACCCCACUUAUCAUGAAGAACCAAUGAGACUACCUGAGGGCUACAACUGUGACUACGCUCUCUACCUGCGGGAUGGAUACUGGGCAGUAGAAGAUAAAGACAAAUACAUUAUACAUUACACAGCAGGUCCUUUGAAGCCUCAGCUCUGGUGGACUUAUCCUCUUUGUGAUGCAAAUUGGAUUUGGCUAGGGUUUAGGCAAAGGUUGCCAAGUAGAUAUAAUGAUCCAUCUAUAUGGGACCUUUUCAAUUGGAUCCCUCUUUUAGUUGUAACUUUAUUAUUUCUUGUCAUUCGAUUCUGUCCUUCUUCCCCUCAACUGGUUCCUUACUGCAAGAGAAUCACUGCUUUUAUUUCACCACGGAAAGACAACUGGAUCAUGUUCUUCACCCCAACUACUCUGCUAUUGUUUUCGUAUUAUUUCUCUUUUAAGCAAGUUACAAAUAACCUUUGGCCAGGAGAGGCAUGGGUUGUUUUUGGCAUGUGGACAAUCAUGUUUAUUUCUGUUUUCAUGGUUCCUGUCUGCUAUACAUAUUUUAUAUUUCAACUUCUCCAAUAACUCAGGGCAUCAAUUCACGAAUGAUACUAGAGACCCUUCUUUAUUUUGUUGCCUUUAUUCUACUCCAUCUCCUCUUCCUAUGGAUAAUUUAUCUCGUAUACCCAUCUAUCCCCCGUGGCAUAACUUUUUGCAUUUUACUCUUUGGAAUCAUCAUCUAUUUUCAUUUUGCUAGCAAGAGGCUGAUGAGACUGUGGCACAAUCAUUAGUAUUACCAAGAGUAGAUUACUAAAUGUAU